GGAGCUCGCUCCCAUUGGCCGGCGUCACGGCGCUGGGGCGGAGCCUCGGCCAAACAAAGUGCACAAGUUGUACUUCUCCGAGUCAGUGAGGAGUAGAACAGUGUCAGAGCUCGGUCAUCAGGUGACCGACAACAACAACAGACAACAACAGACAACAACAGCAGCGUGAAGAUCCAGACUUUUGGUUCCGUAAAUUACGCGUCAACAGCGACUGAACCGGUUCGACAAAAACCCAAACAGAGCGACUAUGGAUUUGGCGUUUGUGGCGUGUUUGACGCUCUGCGUCUGCGCUUGGUUCGCAUCCGCGGAAAGACACAGCGUGUACUGGAACAGCACGAACCCAAACUUCCUGUGGGAUGACUACACGGUGGACGUGCGUAUCAAUGACUACUUGGACAUCAUCUGUCCACACUACGGCCUCGGCGAGGUGUCAUCGCACGCGGCCGAGCGCUACGUGCUGUACAUGGUGGAGAAGGAGGACUACGAGGUGUGCAAGCCGCACUCCUUUGACCAGCUGCGCUGGGAGUGCUCGCGGCCCUUCGCUCCCCACGCCCCGGAGAAAUUCUCUGAGAAGUUCCAGCGCUUCACACCCUUCACCCUGGGCAAAGAGUUCAGACAGGGCGAGAGCUACUAUUAUAUCUCUAAACCAAUGCAUCACCACGGACAGGACUGUCUGAGGCUGCGGGUGGACGUAGUUGGAAACAAGGGCUCUGGAAAAUCUCACCCAGACAAGUCAAACAAAGAGGAGGUGGGGAAAAGACAAGACGGAGACAAAGUGAAGUUCCCCACUACUGGGGGGGGAGGGCACAACCCCUCCAACCAGCUCCCAGCAGAUGAUCCCGCUGUGAUGGAGCCCAACGUCCAGAGAAGUGUGGGCAACUCGGCAGCGCAGCUCCUCUCCCUCCCGCUCCUCUUCACCAUCAUCCCAGUCUUAUUAGCGCUGAUGCUGCAGUGAGGCUAACGCUAACAGAGACUAUGCAAAAACCGAUGCCGGUCAUUGGGACCAUGAACUCUGAGAGAUUUUUUUUAAUACAGAUUUUUUUAUAUAAAAAAAAAACAACAACAACACGUGGACAGUGGUGUGUGUGUGUGAGUGUUUGGUGUUUGUGUAAAGGUGGAAUGUUGAUCAUUCCACAGAAGAAAACCUCAUGGACAUUUUUUUGUCAAGGAAUUUUUUUUUUGUCAGACCUGAAAGCACACUGAUCAGAACACUUGAAUAACUUUGAUUGCAGUUGGAAUGGAAACAUUGUCGCCGUCGUUAAAGCCGAAGAUUUCAUAGCAUUCGGUACAGCUGUGCAUCGAACUACAGACCUUUAACUGCUGUCUGUCGUUUUUUUUUUUUUUUUUUUUUUUUUCACCUUGUCAUGUAAUUUUUGCUUGUGUAUUGGAAACGUUUAUUGGCAGCUGCCAAAGUGGUAUACACUACAUCCUAUAGUAUUUUCCUCAUGUAGCACUCAGCUCCCUGUGUCACCUCCAGUCUGUUCUGUCCUGGUGUUGACGUCGAGCCGCGGUGGUCGCUGGUCCGGUCGUGAUCGCACCACCACUCCAGUCCAAACUUGGACUGUUCUGGGCCGUGAGUUCCAGCCACAAAACCCAUAUAUGGCGGUGGUUCAUGAGAGCCUAUGGCCACAUUCCUGAGCAGCCGUGGAUGCAGCCUGCCCUCAGGGUGUUUUGGAGAACGUCUCCUGAGCUGUCAGCCUGUGAUCCGCUGCAGUUCCUCACAUUUGCUGCCGUCACUGAUACACUCACGCUGAUUAUGACCUUUUUUUUUUUUAAGGCCGGUCAAAUAAUAAAAAAAUUAAUCAGUAUUAAUCACAGGGUAGCUGUGGAUUAAUCAUUAUUAAUCAAGAUAAAUCAACAUUGUUAAUUAUCAGGGAAAGAACUGGAACAAAAAGACAAAUGACGGCCGUGAGAUGUGCGUGUUUCACACCGGUUAUUUAGUUUAAAAAUGAGAAAAAUUGGAAAAUUAUAACUCAACAUUUCUCAGGUCAUUUCUUCUCUUGACAUUUGACCUUGUAAAACGUGUCCAGAGUUGCUUUCAAAGCCAUAAAGCAUGCUGGGACUUGAGAUGGCAUUUUAAGCUCGAGGUGCGUUCGUAAAAAUGAAAACUCACAAAUAACAACAUGUGUCGUCACUGUUUGUUACAACGACAAAAAGUGAAUGGAUGGUGGAAUUGCUGCACCGUUGAAUUAAAAAUUGGUUUGAUUCUAAUUUGAUUAAUUUUCACAAACUGAAUAAUUUUGAGAGCCGAAAACAAACAAACAGUUAUUUCUACUUGCAAAGUAGCCUUUUGUCCGUGUGCACCAGAAUAAAGGUCACUCAGAUUGUAUGGCAGGUGAAAGCAGUUCUUUUUAACAUGAUCGGAUCACACAGGACCGACAUUUAAGACCAACUCUGAAAGGAACCUCUGUAAGUCACCGAUGAAGCACCGCUUUGACAUUUACCCAAAAAAAAGGCACUCUUUGUUGCAGGUAAUCCAUAUAAAAAAAACCUUUCAGAAGUACCUGCCAGUACACGUUUAGGAAGUAAAUGUCAUUUAAGAGAAAAACCAAAACAAAAUAUCACAACAGAAUUAACAUGAACAUUAUACCAGGAGCCAAAGAGAACAAACACAGAACAACCUCAGGGAGCUGAUCUUCUUCAAUAUUUAUGUUGUUUUUUCUUUUAACUCUUUUUUUUUUUUUCUGCUGCUGACACAGUAUCAUGGUAUGGUACACUGGCUGAUGGUCACAGAUGUGACUCCACUUGCACACUGUCAAAUCUUAAACUGAAGGGACUUCCUACAAGAUACUAUUCAUUUGUUUUUGUGAAGCAUCAUUCUUUGUAAAUGUCUAUAUGUGAAUAUGUACAUAGAGAAAACUCUAUAAAACUGUUUUAAGAAGUAAAUGAAACUUUAGUGAAAUAAAUAAAAAAGAUGUGUUGUCACAAAUAUC